UGAUCAUGAACACAACAAAAUAUCGAAGGCUUUAUCGAUUAUGCUCGCAGAACUUUGGAUGUAGAAUGAAAGGGACAAGUUCACGAAAAUGGCUUCAACGACAACAAAGUGACAUAUACGUAAAAAUGGCAAGAGCGGAAAAUUGGCGAUGUAGAAGUGCAUUUAAACUUUUAGAAAUAGAUGAUAAGUAUAGAAUUCUUAGACCUGGACAACUAGUUAUAGAUAUUGGGGCUGCCCCUGGAUCUUGGACACAGGUGGUCUGUCAAAGAACAAAUGCAGCAGGCUUAGAUAACAACUCCCCCAAAGGAAAAGUGAUCAGUAUAGAUUUGUUGCCUAUCAGUAAAAUUCUAGGAGCUUGCAUCCUAGACUGUACUGACUUCACAUCUCAAGACUGUCAGGAUAAAAUCAUCCAGAAUUCUGAUGGCAGAAAGGCAGAUGUGAUACUUAGUGACAUGGCUCCCAAUGCAUCAGGUAUGAAGGAGUUUGAUGGAAGACUUCUUGUAUCAUUGGUGUCAAAAGUUUUACAUUUCUCUGUGAAUCAGUUGGUGACUAAUGGUACAGUUCUGGUGAAACUUUGGCAGGGGAGUGGAUGUGAUGAACUCAGUGAUGUAAUGAAGGAACUAUUUUCCUCAGUAAAACUUGUCAAACCAAAAGCGAGUCGAGAUGAUUCCAGAGAAAUUUAUUUUUUGUGUCAGAAAUUUAAAGGAGUAGUACACUCAAGUGGAAAUAGUUAAACAAACCCUUAUGUCCAGAGAAGCAAAGUCAAAUUUACUAUCUUACAUAAAAUGGCAGGGAAAGCAUGGUUUUGUUCUAUAGAUCAAAGACAGACUAUGUAAGAAUUGCUAUCUUAGUUGUGUUAAACGGGGAUUUAUUUUUCAACCUUUACAUGAGUAACCAACAGGUCAGACUUCCCAAGAAAAAAAAAAUCGGUCCUCAGUGAAAAAUGUAGUGGUGUUUCCAAGAAAUCAUAUACGUGCAUGUAAGAAAACUAAGUCUGACUGUAAUCUUUGUUUACUAAUUCUGAAAUGCACUCAAUUGCAGUAAAGAAUAUUUCACAA